AUGGAUAAUCAAUCUACAGUCUCUGAUUUUCUACUCUUUGACUUCUCAGCAAUAGGGGAAAUACAGUUGAUAUAUUUUUUUGCUUUCAUGGUGUUGUAUUUGGCAGUUCUGACUGGGAAUCUUCUCAUCAUUUUUGCAAUAAUUUUCAACCAUCACCUGCAUACUCCCAUGUACUUCUUCCUGUUGAACCUGGCCAUUCAAGACCUUGGUGCCAUUUCAGUCAUUAUCCCCAAAUCCAUGGCUAAUAUGCUCAUGGACACAAGACACAUUUCUUACUUUGGAUGUGUUUGUCAAGUUUUCUUUUUUGUCUUCUUUCUGGAAUCUGAUCAUUGGAUCCUCACAGUUAUGGCAUAUGAUCGCUAUGUUGCCAUUUGCAAUCCACUACAAUAUGGAAAAAUACUGAGCAAACAAUCCUGCUUUUAUAUGAUUCUUGCUGUAUGGGUAAGCACCCUUCUUGAGGGAUUGUUGCACACCUCUUUUACCUUUGGAACCCCUUUUUGUUCCAACAUCAUCAAUCAGUUCUUCUGUGAAAUCCCACAGCUACUUAAACUCACCUGUACAGGCCUAAACCUAAAUGAAAUCAGACUAAUAGUGUUUGUUUGUGUUUUAAGCAUAGUUUGCUUUUUCUUCAUACUUGUUACUUACACAUCCAUUUUCACAGCUGUGCUAAAAAUUCGCUCCUUGGAAGGAAGGAAAAAAGCUUUCUCUACUUGCCUACCCCAUCUUACUGUGGUUUCCAUGUUCUUAUUCUCUGGAGCCUUUGCUUAUCUGAGGCCUCCCUCCACUUCACUGGAUGUAAUCUCAACUGUAUUAUAUUGUGUUGUCCCACCCCUUUUGAAUCCUAUCAUCUAUAGUAUGAGAAACAAGGACAUCAAGGUUGCCUUGUCAAAACUGCUAAAUAUGUGA